AUGAUUUCAAUCGCUAUUCCGGCGUCUUGUAUAGGUGGUCAAACCUGCUACUCUUUGGAGCAGGCCACUUAUACUCUAUAUGAGAUAUGUAGAGCUUGUAUGCUCUUUGAAGUUAACGAGAUCAUCGUGUAUGACAUACCUGAUGUCAAGGCUGCCGCAGAAUCGGUAGAGCCCGUUGCUGCGAAAAAGAUUGUGUUUGGAGAAGAGGAGCAGGAAGAACCAAAGCCCGUUGUUAGAGGAUCAGCGCCGUCGUGGGAAGCAGUCGCAGCGGCCAACAUGCUGCAGUAUUUGGUUACUCCGAUCUAUCUUCGAAAGCAGUUAUUUGGCGAUCUGAAAAUGUAUAAAAAGGCCAAGAAAUUGCCCCGGGUGCCUGGUCAAGAAGCGCUGCUUAACGGGAAACUAGUCCAGGGCGUCGCAAUCAAGAAGAGCACGCCCAAGAAGAAGGGCAAGAAGUCGAAAAAGGAAAAACAGGACGCCCGGCUCACCCCAUUUGUAAAUAUAGGAUUCGACCAUGUUUUUGAGCUCGAAGAACAGGUGCCAGUGCACAGCCAAGUCACAAUUGACAUGUCGACCAAAAAGCCAGUAGCCAGUGCCAACAAAAGCUAUACAGUUCGGGCCGUGCGUCAAUUCAGUAAGAUUUUCACCGAAUCAAGUGUGCCAGGAGGGUAUACACAUGCCAUUUAUGCCGCCUCGCAGCAGUUUACUGGGAAACCCGUGUCCCCGCCGAUCCACGAAGUUACUCCUGUUCAAGUACAGGACUAUGAGCGCCCAUUGCUUGUGUUUGGCAAGUGGACCGAAGUCGAAGCGGCGGCCAAAGGCGACCACGAAAUGCCUGCCGCCCCGCACGAGCUGUUUGACGCCAAGUUGCCCGGCAGCGAGACUGCACGACUUGAAGAUUCAGUGAUGAUUUGUUUAGCACGUAUCAGUAAGUAA